CGAAAACCGCCUUUCGAUAAGGGGGGCCAAGUGGGCAUAGGAGAGGGCUGAAUGUACUGUGAUCUUUCGGCAACGUGAAACCAGUCAGCUGAGAUCACCGGCUCAUUGUUGUUAGUACAUGACGACGGAACAUCGUAAUCUGUAACGGCUGUGAGACAUCUUGAAAGAGCUCUUCCUUUACUGGCGAUCAAUCACAAAGACCUUGAAUUAUGGACUCGGUUCAAUCUAUCUUCUCUAAAGGUUGGGAUGAGGUUUUGCCGCUGCAAUGUGUGUAGGAUCACUGGGCGAGCCUCCGUCAGAGAACAUAGCCUCGAGGAUGAUGUUGGUUGCAUUGAUUAUUUAUCUGGCCGCAAUCGAAGUCGGCGGGACCUCUCCGGGGCCAAUACACAGUACAUUCUCAUUGCCAAGCUUGUGCAGCAACCAGCACCGCAGACAGCUGCUGCGCCCGACGCCGAAGCAACAGGAUACUCAGAUUGUAAUUGGCAAGACAAGGGGCAAGACAAGGGGCAUAACAGGUCGCGGUCCAGAAAUGAAUGCUCUAUUAUCUGAUUUUGUUUUGACAUUGGGUCUUCUCAAAAGUGCUCUCGACCCUUUCCAGUACUUCACAUGUCAAUGUUGUUUGAUGCCCAUCGUGGAGAAAAUGCCAUGAGUGUACAGUGCAGAGGUGAAUGAUCACCAAGGAUAUUUCGUUUCUCACGCCUUGUUGCACAAUAUCUUGAGAAUAUAC